AUGGAUCUCCAUAACGUAUAAGACCCGAGACAUCCCCCAAAGCUUCCAAAUUGGCACUUCACAUGGGAUUUUUUUCUUCUAAGAUUUUCUUAAUGCAAGUUGCAGAUAAGAUGUUCCUUUUCUCCGGUAUAUAAAUAUAUCUUUUUCUUCUCAAAGUAGAUCCAUAGCUCACUGCAUACCGAUCUUAGUCUCUCUUUGCAAAUCUUAGUCGGAUCAAAUGGCCCUUUCCAGAAACAUGGCAGCUGCUUCACUGGUUCUUUUCUCUCUUUUGCUGCUCCAUUUCACUCAAGCUGAACAACUGAUGAUGAGCUUUGAUGGAGCUCCAACGCCGUCACCACUGGCACAACCAAUCGAUUGUGGAGUGGCAUGUGAAGGAAGAUGCAGACUGUCGAAGAGGCCAAAUCUGUGCAAAAGGUCGUGUGGGAGUUGCUGUGCUCGGUGCAAGUGUGUUCCGCCGGGGACCGCCGGCAACCAUGAAGCCUGCCCUUGCUAUGCCAACUUAAAAACACACAACAAUAUUCGCAAGUGUCCUUGAUGUAUGUUGGAGUUGUUGGACAAGUUUCAUGUUACUAUGCAAAAUUUGAUCAGGUCAACGAGGAAAAAUAAAUCUUUCUAUCGUUUUUUAUGUGGGACUUUAAUUAUUUAUUUGUUGAUGUUGUUGUUGUUAUUAUUUCUUU